AAAGUGAGAACAAUGGCGUUUACAGGGACACUAGACAAAUGCAAGGCGUGUGACAAGACUGUCUACGUUAUGGAUUUGAUGACAUUGGAAGGAAUGCCUUACCACAAGUCAUGCUUCAGGUGCAGCCAUUGCAAUGGCACUCUCGUGAUUAGCAACUACUCAUCCAUGGAUGGAGUUCUGUAUUGCAAACCACAUUUUGAACAGCUCUUCAAAGAAUCUGGAAACUUCAGCAAGAAUUUUCAGUCAGCAGGAAAGACCGAAAAAUCGAAUGACGUGACGAGGGCUCCAAGUAAGCUAUCAUCCUUCUUUAGUGGAACACAAGACAAAUGUGCAGCUUGCAAGAAAACUGUUUAUCCUCUAGAGAAGAUGGCGAUGGAAGGAGAAUCUUACCACAAGACUUGCUUUAGAUGUGCACACGGUGGUUGUCCAUUAACACACUCUUCAUACGCUGCUCUCAAUGGUAUCCUUUACUGUAAGGUUCAUUUCAGUCAGCUUUUCCUCGAGAAAGGUAACUACAAUCAUGUCCUCGAAGCUGCUAACCACCGACGCACAUCUGAGGAAGACAAAAUUGAACCCAACGUAAAUGAUGCAAGCCCUAAAGAAGAAGAAGAAACUUCUGAUGCAGUCCCUGAAGAACAUGAGUCCUAAAAUAAUUUGAGGAAAAGAAAAGCUUUAUUUGUGAAAUGUAUAAUCAUAUACUGCAUAUAAUUUUAUAAUUGUAAAGUAUUUAUUCAAAACACGAACAUCUCGAACAAUCUGAUCAUAAUCUCCCAUUACAUUAGUUAUUUUUUGGACUUUAUAAAUAACUUAUCAGUUAUCAUACAAGAAAUUCAGAACUCUGAAAGUUGCUUGCGGUUGAAGAAACAGCCAGAAGGGGUUUCUU